UCUCCCUCUUCCACUUGAUGGCUUGAUGCCCCUCUCUCUCUCUCUCUCUCUCUCUCAUCCUCUGCUCUGCUCCUCUCCCUCUCCACAUCGCCGAGAAGAGCAAGCCAUCAAGGCAGAGUGGAAGCUCGCUCUCUUCGACAUGGACAUGAGGCCAUGAGGGCGAUCCUGCUCCGCCACUGCUGAUGGCCGACGGAGCUUCGUCGUCCUCCUCCCCAGGCGCGGCGGCCCCGGAGCUGCCUCCCCUUGAGGUGCCGCUCUGGCUCCGGUCACUGCCAUCGGCCCCGGAGUUCCAUCCGAAGCCCCAGGAGUUCCACGACCCCAUCGCCUACAUCCUCAAGAUCGAGAAGGAGGCCGCCCCCUUCGGCAUCUGUAAGAUCGUACCCCCCUUUCCCUCGCCCCCCAAGAAGACCGCCCUCGCCAAUCUGAACCGCUCAUUCGCCGCCCGGUGUCCCCUCCCCAAGAAGCAGCCCCCGACGUUCACUACCCGCCAGCAGCAGAUCGGCUUCUGCCCUCGCCGCCCCCGCCCCGUCCAGAAGCACGUAUGGCAGAGCGGCGCGUACCACACUCUCCAGCAGUUCGAGGUCAAGGCCCGGAAGUUCGAACGCUCGUAUGUGCGCCGGACCGUGAGCCGGAAGGCCGCUUCUGCCGCUGCGCUCUCCCCGCUUGAGAUGGAGACCCUCUUCUGGCGGGCCUCUGCGGACAAGCCCUUCACCGUUGAGUACGCCAACGACAUGCCGGGGUCCGGGUUCGUCCCGCUGCCUGCCUCGGGCAGGAGCUCCUGGCCUGAUCGCGUACCGGUUAACGUCGGUGAGUCUGCGUGGAACAUGCGGGGCGUGUCCCGGGCCAAGAGCUCUCUGCUUCGGCUGAUGAAGGAGGAGAUUCCAGGGGUGACGUCCCCCAUGGUGUACGUUGCCAUGCUCUUCAGCUGGUUCGCGUGGCACGUCGAGGACCAUGAGCUGCAUAGCUUAAAUUACCUCCACAUGGGCUCAGGGAAAACAUGGUACGGAGUGCCGAGGGAGGCCAGACUCGCAUUUGAGGAGGUGGUUCGGGUGCAUGGCUACGGCGGGGAGUUGAACCCUCUCAUGACUUUUGCCAUGCUGGGUGAGAAGACCACUGUUAUGUCUCCUGAAGUAUUUGUUCAGAUGGGGAUCCCAUGCUGCAGGUUGGUCCAAAAUGCUGGAGAGUUUGUUGUCACAUUUCCUGGAGCUUAUCAUAUGGGAUUCAGUCAUGGAUUCAACUGUGGGGAGGCAGCAAACAUUGCUACUCCUGAAUGGUUGAGAUUUGCCAAAGAAGCUGCAGUUCGAAGGGCUUCAAUGAAUUAUCCACCUAUGGUUUCUCAUUUUCAGUUGCUAUAUGCACUUGCAUUAUCAUUACGUACUAGGAUGCCCAUAGGCUUUGGAAGUGAGCCACGGAGUUCUAGACUCAAGCAUAAAAUGAAAGGAGAAGGGGAAGAGAUGAUAAAGAAAGCAUUUGUUCAAAAUGUGAUUCAGAAUAAUUAUUUACUUAGCAUUCUUCUUGAUAGGGGAACUUCCUGUGUGGUUCUUCCUCAGAGUGUACCUGAAAGUUCUUUAUUCUCAAAUUCAUUGAUGAGAACCCAAGUAAAAGUAAAGCCAAGAUUGUCACUUGGUUUAUGUAGUCAGCAAGGAGCUCUAGAAGCAUUAGAGCUUUCUCCUUCGAAUGCUGUUGGGUUAAGCUGGAAAACAACAGUCAGAGAUUUCAAUGGCUUGUUUCCUACUGAUGGAAACUCUGUACAAAUAGAGAGCAGCAAAAUAAACUCAUCAGGAACAUGGAGCAAAUUUCCUAAUUCUGAUCCCAAACAUUUGCCAUCUGACUCACAAAAAGUGGAAGGUGGACAAGAAGGAACAAGGCAAGGUGAAGGAUUGCUAGAUCAAGGAUUAUUGUCAUGUGUCACCUGUGGAAUCUUGAGCUUUGCAUGUGUAGCUAUCAUUCAACCCACUGAGAGAUCAGCCAAUUAUCUCAUGUCUGUAGAUUGUGGUUUCCUGCAUAAUCCCCUUGUUGAUUCAGGAAAAGAUAGUGGCAUAGACAGAGAAAAAAGUUGGAAGAGAAGCAGAAACAAAAACAUUGACAUUGACCAGGCUGAAGUAAUGUCUGAUGUUGGAUGUCCUGGAGACACUUCUGCGCUCGAUCUUUUAGCUUCUGUUUAUGCAGACCUUUCAGAUAAUGAUGAUGAAAGUGUUUCACAUGAAAAUUCUAUCCUCUUUUAUAAAAAUGCUGCAACAAAAUCCUUAUCAUUAGCUAAUCAAGGCUUGAGAUCUGAGGUUGAGCCCCAGGUCCAUUGUUCAAGAGGUGUAGCCAAUGAAGAUUUGGACUUGCCUGGUACAGACUACAAUGAGAUGUUUGCUGAAAGUUCUCAAUCUGUUGAUAGUUCUGAUAAUUUAGAUGGACAUGAUAUUGCUGUUGAAAAAUGCCACCUGAAAUUAGAAUUAUGUAGUUCAAAUCAGAAAGAAAACAGGAAUUUUGCAGUAGCAUGCACUUUAGAAAAAAAGGAGACAACAGUAGAUACUUCUAGAUCCUGCAACAGAAAUGUAACAGAAUCUACAGAUGUUCAUUGCAGGGAACAUGGUGAGUGUCAGAGUAGUCAAACUGGUGAACUUUGUUCCUGUAGCUUGAAGAAGGAAAAACCAACUGCUACUGUGGGAAAUCUUUCUGUGAACUGUGAUAUCUCUAACAAUCUGGCUAUGCCUGAAAAAUUUGCAGCAAUAUGUCCAGAAGCUAGUAAAGUAGAUACAAAAAUAAUGAACUCAACCACCUCACUUCUUCAUGGGGCAGAAAGAGAUUCUUCCCGGAUGCAUGUAUUCUGUCUGGAGCAUGCUAAAGAGGUUGAAAAACAACUCAGGCAUAUAGGCGGGGGGCAUAUGAUGCUGCUAUGUCAUCCAGAUUAUCCUAAGAUUGAAUCAGAAGCAAAACUAUUGGAAAGAGAACUAAGAAUUGGGUACACUUGGAAGAAUAUCAAUUUCAGGGAGGCGGAUAAAGAAGAUUUAGACAGAAUCAAGGCAACCUUGGGGGAUGAGGAAGUCAUACCCACAAAUAGUGAUUGGACAGUUAAAUUAGACAUCAAUCUAUAUUAUACUGCUAACCUAAGCAAAUCCCCCAUCUACAAUAAGCAGAUGCCCUAUAAUCCAGUGAUAUACAAGGCUUUUAGCUGCAAUUCCACUGGUAACUCCCCAGUUAAGUCAAGGGCUUCGGCAAGGCGUGCAGGCAGGCAGAAGAAAAUAGUUGUUGCUGGUAGAUGGUGUGGUAAGGUUUGGAUGACAAACCAGGUACACCCCUACUUGGCCCAAAAGAAGGAAACUGAGGAGCAAGGACAGAUUGAAUGGCAAAAUUCAUUUGAAAAUGAUCAGGAUCUUUUAGAUCAGAUAUAUGUAGAUGAUUCAAAUGGAGUUCCCCUCAAAAGUAAUUCAGCAGCUGAUUGUCAGGCAGCAAAAUCUUCCAAGAAGAGAAAGAAGCCGCCUCAGAAGGAAAAGUAUAAGAAACGCAGAUGCACUGUGGCAAGUGGAAAUUCAAAAACUGAUGACGAACCUGGAACUUCUGGAUCCUCACUUAAGAAAACUCCGAGAAGUCGCCAGCUUGGACAAGAUGCCAACAUAAGUAAACGGAAGUCUAAUUUAAAAGAUGAAGCAGGAGGUCCUAGCUCACGUCUUAGGAAACGACCCUCCAAGCCCGAUGAACUCAAAUUGUCUACUAAGCAGUCUAAGAGGAAAGGUAAAACCAAUCAUGUUGCAUAUCUUUCCAAGGAAGAGUAUACAUGUGAUAUUGAGGGAUGCAACAUGAGCUUCAGUUCAAAGCAAGAUUUAACAUUACACAAGAGGGACAUUUGCCCUGUCAAAGGGUGCGGUAAAAAAUUCUUCUCACACAAGUAUCUUGUACUCCACCGCAAGGUACACAUGAAUGACCGGCCACUUGUUUGCCCAUGGAAGGGGUGCCAGAUGACCUUCAAGUGGCCAUGGGCCCGGACUGAACAUAUAAGGGUGCACACUGGUGAUCGUCCUUAUGUCUGUCGGGAACCAGGUUGUGGUCAAACGUUCCGAUUUGUAUCUGAUUUUAGCCGUCACAAGCGGAAAACAGGCCAUUCAAUAAAGAAAGGCCGAAAGGCUCAAGCUGUAUAAUUUGAUGAGCCUCAUUCACUGAUGGAUACCCUGGAUACUUUAGAUUAAUGCUAUUGAUUUCAAGUGGCAUUACUGGCUACUGGGUGAUCAGGUAGAGUAGGAGCCUCACUAUUUUUUAUUUUUAUUUUUAUUUUUACCUUCUUGGUUAGGCUACACUAAUGUUGCCAUCAUUAUUCCAAUCAUAUUUAACAUUUAUUUCUAAGUUAUCUAUAUCAAUCAGUUGGAGACUGAUUUAGAUGUGGGAAGUGGUUCUGAUGGCUGGCAGUCAUCAGAAGGGCAAGCUUAACAUAACUCUAAUGUCGCAACUUGUUUCACUUUGUUAAUUGCCUUUGUUACAAUAACUGACAUUCUUAUUUUCAAUGCAUUGUAUAAGAGAUUUACUCAUUCUGAAAUGUAAAGGAUAUUUUAGCAGUA